AUGCCUGGUAGGCCCCGGUACACCCAGAUGCGUGACGGAAGAUUGGGUAACCAACCCCACAAGAUUGUUCAGAAAGACAGAAGGAGCCUCGGAUACGGAUUGAGCCAACGACGACGACCCAGCAAAAGAAAAACGGACAACGAUUUAAAAGUCUUCACAUGGAACGUACGCACUCUGUACAGAGCUCGAGCUGCUCAGCAGCUAGCCGAUGUCCUGUCCAAAUACAAGGCUGAUAUAACGGCUCUUCAAGAGCUUAGAUGGACAGAAGAGGGUGUCCUGGAAAAAGGGAGUUAUGAUAUUUAUUAUAGCUGCCACCCUCGACAUCAUGUGCUCGGAACAGGCUUCCUUGUCAGCCGAAGAAUAAAGCCUGCUGUCAUCGGUUUCGCCUCGAUAAGUGAAAGACUAUGUACUCUACGCGUGCGGGGAAUGUUCCAAAACAUAACCCUCAUAAACGUUCACGCCCCUACCGAGGAAUCCUCUGACCAGGAAAAAGAUGCGUUCUACGAUCAAGUGGAGCGAACACUAAGUGCCUGCUCCAGGUACGAUGUUAAAAUCGUCUUGGGUGACAUGAAUGGAAAAGUAGGGAGGGAGCCAAUUCACAGGCAGUAUGCAGGCUCCCACAGUUUGCACGAGAUUUCCAACGACAACGGACUACGCAUCACCCACCUCGCCGCUGCACACAAUCUGAUUGUUGGAAGCACCUGGUUUCCGCGGAGAGAUGUACACAAAGCUACAUGGACUUCACCAGAUGGGAUUACUUCCAACCAGAUUGAUCACGUGUUGAUUGACCGCCGACACCGGACAUCCCUGAUGAAUGUACGCACAUAUCGUGGGGCCAACAUCGACUCUGACCACUAUCUUGUUGGCGCAGUGUUCAGGGCUCGCAUAUCCACACCCAAGGAAGUUUUGCCAGCGGGGAUGUCCCAAAUCAACACAGAUGGUCUUAAAAUAGAGCAGCUCCGUAAUAAAUAUGCUGAGGAACUGGAUGAUGCACUCGUGAACUUCGCGAGUAGCCCUGGAGACAGGAUGCCAAUCAACGAUAUGUGGCAACAUAUCAAAACACACGUUGUUGGAAAGGCCACCACUAUCCUUGGCCACAGUCGGAAGAAAGAUCGGAACGACUGGUUCGAUGAUGAAUGCAAACUGGCGACUGAGCAUAAGAACGAAGCAUACCGAGCCAUGCUUAGUUCACAGAAAACGCGGGCACGUGUGGAGUCUUACCGAGAGCUAAGAAAACAGGAGAAGAAGCUGCACAGACGCAAGAAAAAAGCUUGGGAAGAACAACUGGUCAGUGUAGUUGAGGAGUAUAGAGCGCAGCCGCACCAAGCGCGAAAGUUUUACCAGCAAGUCCGGGGUAUGAAGCCAUAUACGCCACGAACUUCAUACUGUAAGGACAAGCAAGGGAAUCUGGUUUCCGAUCAGAAUGGCAUCCUGGAGCGAUGGGUGGAGUACUUUGAUGAACUUCUCAACGGACAGCUCAAUGAUGAGUUGGAGGUCCCAACAACUCAAGGUGUUGAUGCCAUACUAGAGAGCGCCAGGAGUAGACGGAAUUGCAGCAGAGCUGUACCAACAUGGAGGCGUCCAACUACACCGAGUUGUUCAUCAACUAGUGCUCCGUGUAUGGGACGAAGAGCCCCAUUCGCUCAGACCAUUAUUGGCUCAUACCAAUGUGGUUUCACUCCAGGCAAAUCAACAACAGACCAGAUCUUUUCCCUUCGGCUGUCUAUGGAGAAGAUGAGAGAGCAUGACCAAGCACUUCACCAUCUCUUCAUCGAUUUCAAGGCUGCCUACGAUAGCAUAGUCAGGGUAAAACUGUACGAAGCCAUGGGAGAAUUCGGCAUCCCGAACAAACUGAUUAAACUGACUAGGAUGACCAUGACCGAUGUGAGGAGCAAAGUAAAGGCGAACGGAUCACUGUCACGAGAGUUUUGCGUAAACAACGGACUCAGACAGGGGGACGGACUAUCCUGCGUCCUCUUUAACCUGGCACUGGAUAAAGCGAUCCGUGACUCCGGCGUGAGCAUGAGGGGGGUCAUACUCAAUAAGUCCACGCAGCUCCUAGCCUAUGCUGACGACAUUGACAUUAUGGGGCGCAAUCCCAGAGCUGUACAGGAGGCCUUCAUCCAGAUUGAGCAUGCGGCACGAAAUCUGGGGCUGCAGAUAAAUGAAGGCAAAACGAAGUACAUGGUGGCCUCGUCAGCAGCGACUCCGGCAACAUCUACGGAGAGCAUCGGUCAAACAGGGCUCCCGAUGGGGGACUACAACUUUGAAGUUACCAACCGCGAUGUCAUGCUGGAUCUUGAGAAGGGCUGUCGUGGUGCUGUGACCCUUUCUGAAGCCAGACUGUAA